AGACCUUGACCUUGACCUCCCUAACUAGAAACCCUUCCUUCCUCCCAGAGGCGCUAGGGCCAGAUGGCAGGCGACGCGGCAGCCGGAUUUAGAUUUAGAGCAAUGCAGGCGACGCGGCACAGUAAUACCUGAACUCCUCGAGGAGCAGCGAACACUCCAAGCAACUACCAGCGGAAACAGUUGAACCCAGUGCGAGGGCCGCCAGACGGGUGCAGCAAAGAUGAUAAAGAGGCGAUUCUACAAGCAAGAGCACGACGAGAAAAACGAUCCUUCUGAUUCAUCUUCGUCAUCUUCAGAUUCGGAAGCUGAUGAUGUCCCUGAAGAAUACGAAGAGGAAACUGCAGAAGAAGUAGAAGCAGUUGCAGAUGUUAAAGAACACCAUAAACCUGACUUUCCAGAAUUUGGUUCUGGAUACGAGAGUGAAGAAAGUUCGGCAAAUGAGGUUGAUGUUGACCCAUCAGGUUUGCUAGCGAAUGAUGAUGAAGAGGGCACACAAAGCCUUGGUGAAAGGCGUUCAAAUGCUGAAGGCGAUGCUGGGACAGUGGACACCCAGUCUAAUGGCAUGGAAGAAAAGGAUUCUACUGAAGCUGAUUAUUAUAUCUUGCAAUGUAAAUCUGUCUUUAAGUGUAGGCUCUGCCCCAGAAUUGUAUGUUUGACUGAAGACACCUUGAGGGCUCAUCUCAAGUCCAAGAGACAUGCUCGGUCAGAGAAGUUGCUGAGGGAGGGGAGACUGAAGUUCAUGCUUAACAGUGAUGGAGAAAUUGAGGAAGAUCAAGAAACUCAUGCAGAGAGGCACGCAAGGACUGUUGCACUUGCAGAGAAUUUAGCAAAUCCAAAGAAGAAAAACAAAGGGCGACAAAGACAGAGGCUGAGGUUAAGAAAGAAGAAAAUUAAUGAUGGUUCCAACAGUGGGAAAGAAAAGCAAUCAAUGAAAAACCCAACUAAGAAAAGGCGUAUAAACAAGGAUUGAUGCUGAAAAAGGAAAGACAACUAGGGUUAUAAACCCUUCGCUGGCAUUCUGUUGCUUCUAUGUGAGAUUUUUUAUUGUGGUAUGCAGUGAAAAAAGAAAGAUCACUGUCAAUACGGUUUUUGAAUCUGUUUUUUUUAUAGCCUCUGCUUGCCAAUUUGGAUAAUGUAUGCUUCCCUGUUUGAAGAGUUGUAUAUUAGCAUCACUGAUAUGCAACUGCAAUUUUUCUUCAACUUUCAGUGGUUAUCUUGAAAGGGUGCACUCUUCAGUAUCUCAGAGUAAAAGGUCUCUAUUCA